CGCCUGUAUCCGUGCAGCCAGACAGAGGUAACAGUAGUCAGCGGACCAGCAGCAGCAGCAGCAGCAGAGAAGACCGGGACAGAGGGGGACUGAGAAGGAUCUUCAGCAUCCCUGGAGAGUUACAUACGCAGUGUGAAGAUGACUCUGGCAGCCUACAAAGAGAAGGUCAAAGAGCUCCCCCUGGUGUCUCUGUUCUGUGCCUGUCUCAACCCGCAGACUGCAGAGAAAACCACAUACAAGGCAGAAGAUGCAGUCGACCUCGGCUGGUGCGUCAUCAAAGAUGUGGAGGUGAUUGAGAUAAAUAAACGGGCCUCAGGCCAGGCCUUUGAGGUCAUCCUUAAGCCCCCGUCCUUUGACGGCGUGCCAGAGCUCAAUACCUCCAUGCCACAGCGCCGUGACCCGUCCCUGGAGGAGAUCCAGAAGAAGCUGGAGGCUGCCGAGGAGAGGCGGAAGUGUCAGGAAGCGGAGCUGCUGAAGCACCUGGCCGAGAAGAGGGAGCAUGAGCGAGAGGUGAUCCAGAAGGCCUUUGAGGAGAACAACAACUUCAUCAAGAACGCCAAGGAAAAGCUGGAGCAGAAAAUGGAGGCCAACAAGGAGAACAGGGAGGCUCUACUGGCGGCCAUGUUGGAGAGGCUGCAGGAGAAGGACAAACACGCAGAAGAAGUGAGGAAGAACAAGGAGAUGAAGGAGGAAGCCUGCCGGUAGACGAGUGCAGAUGGGGAACACAAAGGAGAAGAAGGCGUACUGGGAACUUUUGAAGUCGGUAAAAAAAAGGGGGAUAAGAAAUAAAACAGUGCAGGAAUAAAAAUAGAGAAACUUGGGAAAGGGGGAAAUUUUCAUAUUUAAUGGUACGGUCUCAACAAGCUGUUCAAAGUGAAGCCAAAUCUUGAUGUUGAAGUCUUUUUCUUUCUUAAGGAAAUUGAGUUGGAGGGCUGGCGUUAAGAGGUGCCAUUUAAAAUGUUUAGAUAAUUUUCUAAUGAGGAAUAAAACCUGCAUUAAGGAAGAGUAAGGGGAAAAUUUGAAUCAUGGAUCCCUCAUUUCAACUGUUCUUUCAGUGAGCUGUGUCCUCUUUAUGUUUGUUUUUAUCAAAAAAAUGCAGCUUAUUCAGCAGCAACUUGGCUAUUUACACUGUUUCCUCUAGUUUUAUCACAACCAAGGGAGUUUUGAUUUGAUUUUUACCAAAAAAAAAAAAAAAACCUGGAUGCAAAGUUGAUGCCCACAGUCCUUCAAAACAAAUUCAAGUCAAAAUAAAGAGUCCAAGACUUCUUUUUACAGGAUAUUAAAUAGCUGUAAAUACAAACCGGACAUAUCACACAUACUUCUACUGUUUCCAAAAGAAAAGAGAGACUGAUCCCUCCUGAUCCACCACCCUCACUCUGAUUCUUCUCUGCACAUUUCUGACCUCUGUGUGCUAAACUCAGUGAAUCUCAGUAUGGUGUAUGAAUCUUAAACGGAGCGUCAGGCUUGAGUUUCUUUCUACAGUGCUUCAGUGAAACAAAAGAAACAAAGAAGCUAAAGGGAGGAAGCUUUACUGUGUUCUGCCAUCAGGCUCUUUUUGAAACUUUAACUCGUAGUGUAGUUGUAGGUCAGUGAGAACAUUUACUUAGAUUUAGAGCACUGUUUGCACUCUUUUUUCAUUAAGCACAACUCAGAAGCACACAUGCAUACAUAAAGGCAGGCGAACUUACUCGACGAUAAAACCACUGAGAAAGAAUAGCAGGAUUUGGACGUAUUUGGCUUUGAAUGGACAACUUUUGGGGUUUCUGGCUAACCAGCAGUCUCCCUUUGCGUUGGCAUGUGUCACAUUUAUGAUUUUAAAGGAGAGUUACACAUUAAAUAGAAAGGUGAAAUUCUUGAGUUGUUGAGUCAUACUGACUUGAUUGAAAUGUCUAGAAAUGUUUGCACUGUACCCCGGAGGUUGUGACAUGGGAUUUGUACUUGUUGUAAUUGUGUGUUGCUGUAUAUCCUAAAAGCUGGAUUGUAAUUAUUUGGCAUGGUCAGUAAA